AUGUGCAGAGCCCUUGAUGUUCUGCAAAUGAAGGAGGAGGAUGACCUCAAAUCCCUUGUAGCAGGAACCCGCUUAGGUGGCACAAACUUCGACUCCCAAAAGGAACAGUACAUCUACAAAAGGAAAAGGGAUGACAUCUACAUCAUAAAUCUGAAGAGGACCUGGGAGAAGCUUCUGCUGGCAGUGCAUGCCAUUGAAAACCCUGCUGAUGUCAGUGUCGUAUCUUCUAGAAAUACUGAACCAAAGGCUGUACUCAAGUUUGCUGCUGCCUCUGGAGCCACUACUGUCACUGACUGCUUCACUCCUGGAACCUUCACUAAUCAAAUCCUGGCAACCUUCUGGGAGCUGCAUCUUAUGGUGGUUACUGGCCCCAGGGCUGACCACCAGCCUCUCACAGAGGUAUCUUAUGUUAAUCUACCUACCAUUGUUCUGUGCAACGCAGAUUUCCCUCUGCACUGUGUGGACAUUGCCAUCCCAUGCAACAGCAAGGGAGUUCACUCAGUAGGUCUGAUGUGGUGGAUGCUGGCCCAGGAAGUUCUACGCAUGUGUGAACACCUGUGGGAGAUCACACCUGAUCUCUACUUCCAAGAUCCUGAAGAAAUAGAAAAGGAGGAACAGACCGCUGCUGAAAAGCCUCCUGUGACCAAGGAGGAAUUUCAGGGUGAAUGGACUGCUCCAGCUGCUAAGUUUACUGCUACUCAGCCUGAGGUAGCAGACUGGUCUGAAGGUGUGCAGGUGCCUUCUGUGCCCAUCCGAAAGCUCCCUAUUGAAGACUGGAGCGCUCAGCCUGCCACUGAAGACUGGUCUGCAGCCCCCACUGCUCAGGCCACUGAAUGGGUGGGAACAACCACUGAAUGGUCUUAA